AUGAAAUCCCCGACUAUGCCAGAAUAUAAGAACUCUCCAAAGCCGCAGUUUAAGAACUCUCCUAAACCGCAGUUUCAUAAAUCUCCGAAGCCGGAGUAUAUGAACUCUCCUAAACCGCAGUUUCAUAAAUCUCCGAAGCCGGAGUAUAUGAAUUCUCCAAAGCCUAGGCAUAUGAGAUCUCCGACUCUGCCGGAAUAUGACAACUCUCCUAAGCCACAGUUUAAAAACUCGCCAAUGCCGGAGCUUAAGAAUUCUCCAAUGCCACAGUUCAGGAAUUCGCCUAUGCCAGAGUAUAGGAAUACACCUAUGCAGCAAGUUAGGAAUUCACCUAUGCCGGAGUAUAAGAAUUCGCCUAUGCAGCAAGUUAGGAAUUCGCCUAUGCCGGAGUAUAAGAAUUCUCCUAUGCAGCAAGUUAGGAAUUCGCCAAUGCCGGAGUAUAAGAAUUCCCCAAUGCAGCAUCUUAGGAAUUCUCCAAUGCCACAGUUCAGGAAUUCCCCAAUGCCACAGUUUCGAAACUCCUCAGCUGCGGCGCCACAUUUUAGGAAUUCGCCUGCAGUUUCAAAGUUCAACCCUGCAAUGGGAUUUGGCGGUUCGCACAGGGGGACCCCGAUGCAUCCGUUCGGAAAGAUGAAUGGUGGAAUGGAAUAUGCAACACCGAUGAGGUCCAACUUGGCUAAUGUGAGGCCGGUUAUGAUGACAGAGUCAGAGCUGGGACCAUCUCCGUCAGAGGUUGCGGCUGCAAUGGCAAAGAAGCCGGUGAUCGAUGAGGAUACCUCAACAGUGGGAGGAUGGAGCUUGGAUGAGAGUGUGGAAGGGUUGGGGUCAAAAUUAGAGAGGUGGCGGUCGGAGUUGCCUCCGGUGAUAGACCAAGGUGAGAUGUCGAGCUUACCAACAACAAGCACGUCGAAAACUAAAACUAGCCGCCACUCGCGGAGGCAUACAGACGGAGGGAAUGGGUUAUUUUCUUGCUUUAGUAAUAUCUGCGGUGUUGAGUGCUCCAUUGUAUGUGGUGGUGACUCAAAAAGCAAGUCCAAGGCCAACAAGAAUAGUCGCCGACUUACUUCUUCUGCCGACGGCAGUUCCAGCCUUCUGUGA